AUGUCCCAUCCGGACCCACCGGUUCCCAGCCCAUCUCGCGAUCGUGACCUAGACUGGAACCCCAAAUUCAAGUCCAGCGUCAAGCAGACUUAUGCUGUCAUUACUCUUGCUCCUGCGGAUGUGAUUCAGUCUUUAUGGACGGAGAAUUGGAAUAAGAGAACGCCCCGGAAGACGGAAAUUGGUCUCUCUGCAUUUGCGCGACUGCUAAGCUGGUAUCUCGAGGACAUCUCGCACGAUGAUAUACCUACUUGGUUCCCUGCUUGGUGGCCCCGCUUCACAAAGACUGGAAUCCUCCAAAAGUAUAUCGACGCCAUCCUGGAUGAAGAUUUCUUUCACGAGGAGGACCCAGACUACAUCGACUCCAUCUUGGUCGGCUUCGCUAACAUCGCGCGUCUCUGGUAUGCGGCCAAGGACUACGACUUCGGCGAAGAGAUCGAGAGGAACGUUCGCAAGAUCACAUACAGUCUAUGGUAUCGCAGAGAAGACUUUCCCAAAGUGACCGAUGUGACGGCCGAAGGUCAUGACGAACCGGCGGGGCUCGAAACCUAUCUACCUCACCUUGGGUUGUAUUGCUGGAUGCAGUACAGCAGUCCGUACGACCGACAAGAAUGGUCCCUUUUUGGCCCCGUCGACAUCAUCUUCGACCCGAAUCGCGCCAGAGUGUGCAUGUCGACAGCCACCCGUCAUGCAUUCAUUCGGACCGUGAUUCUGCUCGUAUUAUCUUUCGACGCCGUCAUCGAGCGAUUCAAACGCGUUCUUACCUGGAAGAAGGAGCUCGAAGUCAAUGGGGAUGCUACGAUGGUUCUCGGCGUUAUGUCGCAGAUCUUGGAUCACCCAAUCAGUCGCCCUUUGUUGCAGAAGUACGAGGUUCUCCAUAGCGUGGCCGAUAUGGUUCAGAGACAUUCGCGGAAGGGCGGGUAUAAGAUCGGAGAGCGCUGGGCAGAGUGGCAACCGGCCCUCGCUUUCUUGACGUAUGCUACUGAGGACCUACAUGCAGCAGUCACGAAGGGAAAUGUAUCGGACAUCACCGUGCGCGGGGAAGACGUUGUGAUCAUGCUCGCACGCGGCACCGAUAUGCUAGCCGAAGGCAAAGGAGAAGCAUCGUUCUCUCUGGUCCAGGGCCUCUUGAGGGAGUACAGCCACCUUCUUACAAAGAAGUCUCUCCGAGAGAUAGCCCCAGAGCUCGUAUCGGGACUCAUCCGCGGCAUGCGCAAAGAGUGGGUGCCCACACUCAAGAUACUACGCGCGACCCGGAGCCUCGACAGAUAUGGGAAUCGGGACUUCACUGGUCUCAUUGAAGCAUGGAAAGCGUUAGGUCGUGAUUUGGGACUCGAGGAGCGCCAGGAAGUCCAACGACUAGAUGGUCGCAAACACUGCUCGUGGCGAGAUUGCAAGUACAACAUGGAAGAAACAAACAAACUAUCGACGUGCCAAGGCUGCGGAGAAACACGGUACUGUUCACGAGAGUGUCAGAAGAGUGACUGGUCGGCAGGGAAGCACAAAUUGCUGUGUGGGAAACGUGUGAAAGGAAGCAUGGGUUAG